AUGGCCAGAGGUGUUAGACUUGUUGCGUUACUCGCGUUGGUCACAGUUGAGUUUGUUUCAGCUGUGACCUUCGCCGUACCGACCCAGGCUCUUACGGGUGCCGUCAAGUAUGCUGCGCUAGAUCCGGCUCCAAUUGGAGUUUCCUUCGAGUUCUUCGCUUUCCCAUCCUAUUUCACCAAUGUCACUGCCACAACCCAAUGCUUGGCCAAUUUCCAGUCUCUCACUGGAACAUGGCCCCCGAUCAGAAUUGGCGGAACCACCCAGGAUCGCGCUCAAUACGACCCAGCAACCUCUGCCUAUGUCGUGUAUACUGUAGCAAGCGCCGCGGAUGCACCCGCUUCCUUGACCUUCGGCUCCAGCUUCAUGACAUUAGCAAACACGUACAAAGGCACCGUUGUCGUUGGUUUGAACAGAGGGUCAAACAAUAUCAGCAACACCAUCGCUGCCGCAAAAGUCGCGGUAUCAAGCAUGACGAAUCUGCUUGCCGUAGAGUUGGGCAAUGAACCAGAAUACUAUUCCAGCGCUGGCCAGCCUAUUGCCUCUGGGGGUUGGAGUCCCGCCAUUGACGCUGCUUCGCAGAACAACUGGGACAUUCUGGUUGGUACGGCGGUCAACAAGCAGCCUAUUAUUCAAGCAGGAAACUCAAAUUCUGCUCCUCCAACCUGGGGUGCGGCAGAACUCAUUGCUACGGAGAAUUCCACGGUGAAACAGCACGUGAAGACGUAUGCCCAUCACAACUACCCCGGAGGAACAGUGACUUCAUUGAUGAGCCACGCGAAUAUUGCAACGAACCUGCACAUAUUUGAUGCAGAUGUCACUGCUGCGUUGGGACAAGGCAAGCCAUACAUCUUUGGGGAGACGAACUCAGUAUCUGGUGGUGGUGCUGCCACGGUGUCGCCAACUUUCGGUGCUGCUCUUUGGACGCUUGAUUACUCCCUGCGUGCAACAUAUAGCAAUAUUUCUCGUACAUAUUUCCACCAUGGUACAGUUGGAAACUGCCAAUAUUGUUUUUGGGGCCGGUAUAGCAUGGGCGCUCCGUAUUAUGGCGCAUACGCUGCGACGGCCUUGUUGGCCAAAGCAGCAUACUUGACAGCGUUGGAUGAUGGCACCACUAACUAUGCGGUAUAUGUUUCGUAUGACUCAAGCAAGGCGCUCCUGAGGGCAUUGCUGUACAACUCGGACUACUACAGCGGUAGUGGCACUCGGUCGAGCCAGUCUUUCGUGCUAACAGGUCUCACGGCUUCCUCAGUUCGAGCCAAGAGACUCACGGCCGCAAGCGCAUUGUCGCGGCAGGAUCAGGGACAGAUACCAACAUUUGGAGGCCAGUCAUUCACAGAUGGCACAUGUGUUGUGACCGGUUCUGAGACCUAUGAGACAGUUUCGAUUUCUGGUGGGCAGGCCACCUUUACGGUCAAUGCCAGCGAGGCGCUUGUGGUCUACUUCCAGUGA